AUGCUCUGCCAGAGGUGCGCCGCCAUUCUGCGCGGCACUCGCCUCGCCGGGCUGCCACAGCGCGCGACUCGCCAAGCCUCAUCGAGCUCCGCGCUUCCGAGACGACUCGGACGGUCCUCUACGUCGACAGCUCUCUGGCCGACUCGAUCUACCCCUACACAUCCCGCCACAGCCUCAACAGCCGGUGCGAUCAGACUCUACUCAUCAUCAGCUCCGCCUGGUACAAGCCCAACCCCCACCGAGUCAGCGAGCCCAUCAAGCACCCUCGAGAAGCCCGACUUCCUCGACGAAGCCGAGUCCACAAUCUGGGAUCGCCUCGUCAAAGAGUUCAACCCGGUGGAGCUGGUGGUCCAAGACAUAUCAGGUGGCUGUGGAUCUAUGUAUGGGAUCGAGAUCAGCUCAGAGAAGUUUCGAGGCGCGAACAUGCUCAAGCAGCAGCGGAUGGUCAACGCUAUUCUUGGUGACUUGAUGAAGACCUGGCAUGGAGUACAACUCAAGACGAGGGUUCCAUGA